UUUUCUUUUAAUCGUCUAUUUUGACGUAUACAAUAUAAGCAUGAGUGAAGGGUAUUCAUACAUCUAUAUCCAUCUUUACACAUCCUAAUUCUUUUUAAAAAAAAUGAAAUAGUUUAAGUCAAGACGAUUUCAGACGAUUAUUAGCUACACCACGUCCAUCUACUAAUACAGAUGAAUUACCAUCACAAAAUAAAUUCAAAAUGCCAGCACCUCGGACACCAAGAAAUACAGGUGCUAUUUUUGCUCAACCACGAUCUAUACGAAAGAAAAAUUUUAAAAAAGGCUUUAAAAAAGAUGGUGAUGAUGAUGAUGAUCAAGAACAACAACAGGAAAAAAUAAAUUAUCGUGAUCGAGCAGCUGAAAGAAGACGUCAAGAGAUGAGUGGAGUAGACGAUUCACAAUUAACAACCGAAGAAUUACUGAAACGUACCCAAGCCGAAGUAGAUGAAGAAUUAGAUGCGAAAACAUUAUAUGAACAAUCGAAAUAUUUAGGCGGCGAUGUUGAUCACACUCAUCUCGUUAAGGGUCUUGAUUAUGCAUUGUUAAGAAAAGUGAAAAAUGAUCUUUUAAAACAGCAGCAGCAGCAGCAACAAAAAAAGGAUGAAGAGAGUGGAGAACAAGAAGAGGAUAAUGAUGAUGAAGCGAUGGAUGAAGAGCUUGAUCAAGUCUUUGAAAGGAUUGAGAGAGGGGAAGAGUUUAGAGAUGAUUCCGUUUCAUCAUCAAAGGAUACAGCACCCAAAUUUCAUACCUUAAUGGCCAAAAAUAUUUAUCUACAGAUUGAGCAGCAAAUAAAUCCUGAUAAACAAGAUAGAGUAGAAUUGUUUGAACCAGGCAAGAUGGCCUUUGUAUUUGAAUUAGCAGAUGAAGUAGGACAUUAUUCAGAUGCAUUUGCUAUACCCACCGCUGUCAUUCGAAGCAAGUCAGAUAUUGCUGCUAGAUUGGCAAAAUCAGGUUGGUCUGAAGAAAGUCAGGCUGAAUCCAGUUUAGUUAUUGAAAAGAUUUCACAAGUCAUGGCUCGUUUAAGGAAUAAGAAUGAAGACAUCUCAGCAGAUCAAGAAAAGAAAAGAAAUGAAUCUACUGUUACAAGUGAGCCAGUAGCGAUGGUAGAGGAUGGAUUUAUAGGCGAUAUCUUUGCUGAUGUGGGUCGUGAUUAUGAAUUAAAUGAGGGUAAUUUGCCAAGGAGCUCUACAGAGGGGAAAAAGGAGGGUUCCUAUUUCCAAGGUUUAAUCAAUGAAAAAGAAGAAGAUGAAGAUAUGGUAGAUGUGAACGAGAGUGAUAAAGCUGUUAAUGCACUUUUAAAGCGAGCAACUAGUUCAAGAAUCGAUACAACGACAGUUGAAGAAGCAGCAGCAGCAGCAGCAGAUUCAUUACUAAUGACAGAUGGAAAUUCUCCAAAGCGAAGAAAGCAAAGUAGCAAUAUAAAUAUGGAAUUAGAUACUGAUGCUGAUGCCGCUGACAUUGAUAUGUUUGGUUUGAGUUCUUCUGCAUUACCCACUUCAUUUGAAGAACAUCAUGCAAUAAGUUAUCAAUCAAAUGAUAAUGAUGACUCUAUUAAAUUAAAGGCAAAUACACAAAUGAUAGAUCAAGGUACAAAUCGCAAUAAAAAGGCCCAGCUUACUCGUUGGGACUUUGAUACUCAAGAAGAAUGGCAAAAAUAUAAGGACUCAAUCGAAAUUCAUCCAAAGAGCGCUUUCCAGUUUGGUGUCAAAUUAGGUGAUGGUCGUAAGCGUCAUCGAGAACGAAAGGAACUAAAUGAUAAACAACGUCUAAAUCGUGAAUAUCAACAAGUGAAAAAUAUUAUCUCUCAAAAAUAUGGAAAAUCGUUAGAUAAAUAGAUAUUUUUGUAUGGUUGUAUAUAUGUAAUAAAACAGAUAGCCAAACCCUUUCUUUUUUUUUUUUACUAUUUCUUUAUUAAAAGGUCUCGAAUAAAAAGAAGCAUGAAUAAGAAAAAUAUUUCGAGUUCAUAGUUAUAAGAGCUACCUUAGAAAUAUGACUCGGGUUAUACACAUCUAUAUGCAUGCAAACUAGCUUUUAUAUAUGUAUAAAUAAAUAUUUUUUCUUAUAUACAAAAGUAUAUAAAUAUCCAUAUUAGUGUAGAAUAUUAUAAUCAUUUUCUUCCUUCUUUUUUUUAUUUUUUAUUUUUU